AUGUGAGCGGUGAUACUUGGCACCUUGAACAGCUACCUGAAAUGAAUUCAUACCUGUCAUUCACACAAUCCUCUUGAGACGUCCGCAAAGAUGUGCGAGCCACUGUCCAUCUUCGGUGGCGCCCUGACCGUAGCCAGCACCGCCAUCACCCUCGGCCAGCAGACCUACGAGAUUGUGACUGGUAUCCAAGACGCCCCAGAACACAUUAAACGUCUCGCGACAGACCUCCAAGGAUUUUAUCAUGUCCUCGGGCUGUUAACGCAUGCAUUGAAUGCGCAGAGCAAAACUGCGAACCCAGACGGCCUGCCAGUACAGAUGAUUACCAACAUCCAGGACUUGCUCGAGAAGUGCAUCGAUGUCUUCAAGGACAUAAGUAGAGUCGUACAACCGUUCCUUGAUAGCAACGGCAAUGCUCUCCGAAACUUCACGAAGAGCUUCAAGUGGGAGAUGACCAGGAAGGCAAACGUCAUUCAUAUGCAGAGGACGCUAAGCGACUACAAACUCACGCUGGAGCUAGCAAUAUCGUCGUUGAAUUUCAUCAACUCUUCACAAACUAUUGAUAUGGUCGCGCACUUGCAGAAAGAUUUUCGCAGGCUCCGACGGCAAAUCGAUAGUAGAGGCAGAGAACAGGGAGCCCUGAAACAUCCACCAGCCAAGCAAAAUGCACAAGAGCUGGUAGAAGUCAACGAGGAGACCUACAGUGAACCAAUGCGCCGCUUUCUUGCCCGAACGGCAUCCGUUAUCUCAACUACGUCGACUUCAACACGUAUGACAGACGUAUUCUCCGAUGAUUUGUCUGAUAUUACAUCAAUCUCCGAGUAUGCUGAAGUCCCGGAAAACGAGUUUGUAACAUCGAAACCGAAGGAUCUCGAGUCUGUCGACUACUCAACGGGAUCGUCACCCAAGCUCCCGGAAAUUCGGGAAAUAGACCUUGAAGGCUUUGAAAAAUCUCUUGAAGAUGCCUCUGAAACGGAUCGAUCUAGCGAAGCGAUCGAAGAAAACUUGCCCCAGAAACCUGGGACAUGGAAACGAUGGAAAAACCGCAUGAAGCGGAACGGGAGUAGUCCAAGUUUAGGCUCGUUGCCCGAAUUUGAAAGUCCAUCCACAGUUAGUCCAGCAUCUGACCACGUCCUCUCUCCACAAAGAUCUUUCCAGGUACUGGGGAGGCCUGAGGAUACGAAGACCGCCGAGCGGAGUGUAUCGCCGGGGCCAUUCGGGGGAACCGUCAGACAAACGGUCGGUAGAGUGCCAGUGCCUAUUGGUGCUGAAUUGACCAAGUCGUCAAGUGUGCCAUCGGUCCCUCUCCAAGACCGCGAAAGCACGCUUAGGCCUCCCGAACACGUUCCACAUCGAUCUGUUACCACGCCAAUCAGUACACUAGCUUCGCUAUCCCUACAAAGCAAACCAUACGGGCUUUCGCGGUUCGCUUCCCCUCACAAUGAACCUGAAACGGAAUCAUCCACGUCUGGAGGGAAUGAUAGAGAUGCUUUACUCAGUUCUCUCAGACGCGGCGCUUCGAAAUCGAUAAGCCGUGAUGACGACACGAAAAACAGCUCUCCCAUAGACCCUUCGUCUCCUUGCAAAGCUUGCAACAAUGCCAUUGGAGGAGAGAAGCAUUACACAAUCCGCUCUCACAAGUGGCACGUGCAAUGCUUUCGGUGCAACUCCUGCAAGGUGCUUCUUCAAUCAGAUGCAUCCACAAUGUUCCUAGUGAAGGACGACUUUCUGGUCUGCAAUAGCUGUGCAUACAACUGUCAGGCUUGCGACCGGCGCGUUGACGAUCACGGCCCAAAUGACGAAGGCCUAACGGGAAGCUAUGGGAGAAUCCAAUCAAUGACCCAGUCACCUGGUCUCAAUCUAUGCCCGGGGCUGUUUUUCUGUCACGACUGCCACAAAAGCAUCAGAAACAUGAGAUACGCAAGGACUCGCCAAGGUAUAUUUUGCUUAGCAUGCCAUCCGCAGACCAUGUCGGAAUAUGAGCGCGAGCGAAGAGAGCGAGAACGCGAGAAAAUGCGAGCAGUGCCUGUACUUGUGGGAUGAAUACGGUUUGAUGGCGAAGGGCGAGAGCUUCCCGCGCAUGUUCAACGCUCCUUGAACUGAAGGCAAAGCGUUGGAGCAACAACGCGCCGCUUAUCCUUUCGGACAUCGGCUAGUAGCCAGGAAAGGUCGAGCUCGCAUUCCUCGUACGCAAGUGCGGGAUCCAAUCAGCGACGGCCACAAUACGAGCCACAUGCAUCAUCGUGGAGCGCUGCGCAGCCUUACCCGGCAUCACCUAAUCUACCAUCGGAG